AUGAGCUCGAUAAACAACUUGACAGUCAACCAAUGGAUGCCCGAGGACUCCAUCCCGAAACACAUCAAGGACUUGCUCACAGAAACAGUCAAUGACCAAGACACAACAACCCCAGCACCCAUCAACCAUUUUCUUGCAUUUGUUCAAAUUAUAUCUUCGCUCAAAUUCCAGGCAAGAACAGGAUGGACCGAUCGAGACAUCCCCCAGCUAGACGCCGAGAGCAUAUCGGACCACAUGUACCGAAUGUCCAUCAUCUCGAUGCUAGUUCCGCCCGCUAGUAUCAACAAGGACCAAUGUGUCAAGAUUGCCAUCGUCCAUGAUAUUGCCGAGUGUCUCGUGGGGGACAUCACUCCGUUCGCGGGUAUACCGAAAGAGGAGAAACAUCGUCGAGAGUUUGAGACUAUCAAGUACUUGCAUCAGCUCAUCGAGCCUUACAAUGCUGACUUUGCGCACGAGAUGCACGAGCUAUGGCUUGAUUAUGAGGAGAUUAGAACUCCCGAGGCUCGCUAUGUUAAGGAUAUCGAUAAGCUUGAGAUGAUUCAACAGGCGUGGGAGUACGAGCAGCGGUUCGGGUUGAAGUAUGACUUGCGCGAGUUUUACACUGCUAGGGCUGCUAUUAAGACUAAGGAAGUUGGAGAGUUAUGUGAUGCAGUAUUACGGAAACGAGAAGCUUUAAUCAAGAAGUUGGAACUGGAAAAGGAACUGGCAUGA